CUUCCCCUUUCUUUCACCGGGGGCGAAUCGCGCACGCCGCCCACCUCCCCCAUCUCCUUCCCCCGCACGUCGCCAAGUCGCAAACCCUCCGUCGCCACCACCGCCUCACUCCGUCCCCUCCCUCCCUUCUCCGGUAACCGCCGUCUGGCCUCAUCCUCCCGGCGUCGAAUCCUCGUGGUCCUCCACUCGCCUCCGCCGCAUCCUCCUGCCGUCGCUGGCGCCGCCCCCGGCUCCCCUCGCGGCCACGGACGUCGACGCCGGCUUCCCUCGCCGCAGCCGCCGACGCGGUGCGUCGUCAAGGAGGAAUUAAGGCACCGGUGUUUAUGGACUUCACACUAGUAGAGGUUAUUUCCUGCAUUGCUUUUGAAAGUCCUGCUUUACUUCGUAUUGCAUUGGUGGAACAGAAGUUGCCAAAGAAAUGCUGAUGGAUCCUCCUGUUAUGCAAGUGGAUUGCCAGUUGCAGAAUGAUGUGGAGAAAACAUCAUCUAUUGGCUAUGAUAAGAAUCAUACAUUAUCACAUGACGAUUAUGGAUGGACAGGCUCUGAUGUCCAUCCAACAAAUGAUGCAAUAAUAUGUAACCCUGUCUUGGUUAACAAUGCUUCUCAAACGGGCAUAGAUGUGGUGUUUGGUACUUCUUCUGAAAAUUCUCCUGUUAACUUGGAUGAUUUACCUCAGGGGGCAGAACUAAGAAAAGCGAACAACAGUGAUAAUUCUUGCUCCAAUGCUUUAAGAUGUCAGUUGAAUGUAAGCACAGGAAAUAAUGGCUCACAUAGUGAGGACAGAAACUUUAAUAAACAGAGUUUUAGUAAGGAGGAUGUGCAUCAUCCUCAUGAAGAGAUAUAUCCUCCUCCCCAUCCUGGUACAGUGUCAUUGCUAAGGUCAGGUAAAUCCAAUGGGGAUGCCCUGCCUUCUCAAGAAGAGAUGAUAACAGAAGAGUGUGCCAAAGUGGAUGACAUUGCUGGUGCAGCAAGUAAGGAGGUUGAAACUGACUUGUUAGGGUGUCAUGCAGCGCAGAAAGAGUUGCAGUGCACGCUUCAAGAUCUAUCAGAAGUAGCUUGCAGUAUUGAUUUAGUACAUAAUAAAUCUUCUCCGCAGGAAGAGAAUGAGUCAUGUGUCUCACCUAUAAAUGACAUGGACCAGAUUGUUAAUAACAAUAGUUGUAAUGGUGAUACUAAUUAUAAAGUGGGAGAGUUGGGUGCAGGGAAUGCUAGAGAUGAAGAUCGUGCUGUAGCACUUUGGGUGAAGUGGAGGGGAAAAUGGCAAACAGGAAUUCGAUGCUGUAGAGUAGACUGUCCUUUGCCUACUCUAAAGGCAAAACCAACACAUGACAGGAAGAGUUACAUUGUUGUUUUCUUCCCACGAACAAGAACUUAUUCAUGGGUAGACAUGCUACUUAUUCUUCCAAUAGAGGAAUAUCCUUUGCCACUUGUGAAUGGAACUCAUCGUAAAUGGAGGAAGCUGGUGAAGGAUUUGAGUGUUCCUCGACGAUUCAUCAUGCAGAAACUUGCUAUUUCAAUGCUAAAUUUUAGUGAUGAGCUUCAUAUAGAGGCUGUAAUUGUGAAUGCUCGGAAGGCCACAACUUGGAAAGAAUUUGCUCUGGAAGCAUCUUUCUGUAAAGAUUAUACUGAUCUUGGGAAGAUGCUCGUCAAACUUCAAAAUAUGAUUCUUCCGGACUACAUAAGCUGUCAGUGGCUACAAAAUUCUUUUGAUCUGUGGAACCAAAAGUGUAAGAAUGCACGUGAUGCUGAGACUAUUGAAAUUCUGUACGAGGAACUUAGGCAGUCUGUUCUUUGGAACAAGGUUGAUGAAUUGUGGAAUGCAUCAGUGCAGCCGGAAUUAGUCCGUGAGUGGAAAACAUGGAAACAAGAAGUCAUGAAACAGUUCUUUUCAUCACAUUCACAUCCAGCAGGUAAUGCUGGCAAGUUUGAGAAAAAUAAUUGUUAUGAUGAUCCAGCUAUAGAUCGACAAAUUAGUAGGAAGAGGCCAAAACUUGAAGUCCGCAGAGGAGAAACACAAAUUUCACACAUGGGAGACACUAACUGCAGAACUCCAAGGGAGGACCCAAACCGGAAUAACCUCCCUAGUAACUCUUUCAUGCCUGAAACUAUAGGCGCAUUGGACUCAAGAAAUCAGAAUAACCCCCUUUCCUUCCCCAGUAAUUCUGGUGGCCAGGAGAUUCCAGAAUCAGGUAGUGCCAACCCAGCUUUACAGAAUGUGAGACUUGAGUUAGAUUCAUUCAAGAGUUCUCGGCAGUGUUCUGCAUACAUUGAAGCAAAGGGAAGGCAGUGUGGUAGGUGGGCAAAUGAUGGUGAUAUUUACUGUUGUGUGCAUCAAAGUAUGCAUUUUACUGACCAUUCUUCUAGGGAGGACAAGGCACUUACUGUUGAAACUCCAUUAUGCAGUGGUAUGACUAAUAUGGGUAGAAAAUGCAAGCAUAGAGCUCAGUAUGGUUCUAUUUUUUGUAAAAAGCACUGCUUCCAAACAAACCUGGAUACAAUGCACCCUGAAAAUUUAUUGAGUUCAUCUGUGGUUCCACAUAAGAGGGAAGAAUCUCCAAAUAAACAGAUAGAAGAAAUUUCUAACUCACAUGCAAUAUACAACAUAGGUGUGGAAAGGGACUGGAAUUCCCAAGUUUCUGUGCAAUUGAAAUCGAUGCCGACUGUGGCUGCAAAGAUCUCAGGUGAAAAAACUCGUGUAAUGGAGAACACUGAUCAGUGCACCGCGUCAACUUCCAUGGCAAAUACCGAUUUAGAUAGUCCUCUUUGUAUUGGGAUUCGCUCUCAUGACAAUAUUGUUGAGUGCCAGGAUUAUGCCAAGCGUCAUACUCUUUACUGUGAGAAACACCUUCCAAAGUUCCUUAAGCGUGCCAGGGAUGGAAAGAGUCGACUCAUUUCUAAAGAUGUCUUCAUCAAUAUAUUGAAGGAUUGCACAUCGAGGAAAGAUAAAAUAUGUUUACACCAAGCAUGUGAAUUUCUUUUUUGGUUCUUGAGAAACAACCUUUCUCAUCAACGCUCAGGUCUUGGUAGUGACCAUAUGCCCCAGAUAUUGGCUGAAGUGUCUAAAAAUCCAGAUGUUGGAGAGUUUUUGCUAAAGUUAAUCUCUACCGAGAGAGAGAAACUGGAAAAUCUUUGGGGCUUUGGUACAAAUGGAUCUAAGCAAAUAUAUUCUGAAAACCAAGAAGGAUCCAUGGAACUGUUGAAAGAAGAGGGAGUUAGUCCAUCAUCUGGUCUGAAGUGCAAAAUAUGUGCUCACGAGUUCGCUGAUGAUCAAGCUCUUGGAUUACAUUGGACUAAGGUUCACAGAAAGGAAGCCCGGUGGUUGUUCAGAGGUUAUUCUUGUGCUGCAUGCAUGGACUCAUUUACCAACAGGAAAGUUCUUGAAAGACACGUACAGGAAAGACACGGUGCGCAAUAUCUCCAAUAUUCAACUCUCAUUCGAUGUAUGUCAUGUAACAGCAAUUUUUUGAACACGGAUCUGUUGUAUCAGCACAUUGUUUCAGAUCAUACCCAUGACUUCAGACUUCUUGAUGUCCCUCAACGACCUAAAGCUCAAUCUGUUCAACAAACAGAAGGGAGUGGUAAGCCCCAUUAUGAUAACCAUAAUUUUGAGAAGGAUGAUGGCUCACAGAAGUUCACCUGUAGAUUAUGUGGGCUGAGAUUCGAUCUUCUGCCCGAUCUUGGCCGCCACCAUCAAGUUGCUCAUAUGAACCCAAGUACUGUUGGCCACAUUCCACCAGGACGUGGGAAGUACCAGCUUAACCGUGGUCGACACUACUAUUCUGCCUUCAAGAAAAGUUUACGGCCGUCAAGUACAUUGAAGAAGAGUAGUGGUUCUGGAAUUGAGAAAAGUUUCAAGUUUCCAAGUCCUGGUCUAUCUAUGGUAACAUCGCAAAUAGUUGAAUCUGAAGCAGCCAGCCUUGGUAAGUUGCUCGAUUACCAAUGUUCAGAUGUGGCACAAACUUUAUUUUCAAAGAUUCAAAAGACAAGACCCCAUCCAAGCAACCUUGAUAUUUUAUCUGUUGCCCGCUCUGUAUGCUGUAAGACUAGUCUUCUUGCUGCGUUGGAAGUUAAAUAUGGAUCCUUGCCUGAAAACAUAUUUGUGAAAGCUGCAAAGCUCUGUAGUGACAUUGGCAUCCAAAUUGAUUGGCAUCAAGAGGGAUUCCUGUGCCCUUUAGGUUGCAAGUCUAGAUCUAAUUCAAAUGGCCUGCACCCUAUACAGCCUAUUGCAGUUGACUUUUACAAAGAUCCUUCGGUGAUUGAUCCAAUAAAUGAUCAUGAAAUGUGGGGCAUGGAAGAAUACCAUUAUGUUCUUGAUUCAAUGCACUUUGGAUGGAAGCUUAAGAAUGAGAAGGUUGUUAUAUGUAAAGAUGUAAGCUUUGGCCGGGAGAAAGUUCCAAUUGUUUGUGCCAUUGAUGUCAACGCAAAAGAUUCUCUCUGUAUGAAGCCCGAAGAACUUUUGCCGCAUGGCAAUUCUGUGCCUUGGCAAGGUUUUCACUAUAUCACAGAGCGUUUGGUGGAUUCAUCUCUGGUUGAUUCAGAGAACUCUAUGCCAGGGUGUGCAUGUUUGUAUUCCCAAUGCUCUCCUGAGAAAUGUGAUCACGUGAAUCACUUUGGCAGUGUCUAUGAGAACCUGGUGGAUAUCCAUGGAGAACCCAUGCAUGGCAGAUUUGCAUACGAUGAAGAUAGCAAAAUUAUUUUGCAGGAAGGGUAUCCAAUAUAUGAGUGCAACUCAUCAUGUAACUGUGACACAUCCUGCCAGAAUAAAGUGUUGCAGAAAGGGUUGCUUGUUAACUUGGAACUCUUCAGAACUGAGAAUAAGGGUUGGGCUAUUAGAGCUGCUGAACCUAUUCCACAAGGCACCUUUGUCUGCGAGUAUAUUGGGGAGGUUGUGAAGUGCGAUGAGGCCAUGAGAAAUGCAGAAAGGGAGGCAAAAAUUGGGUGCAGUUACUUGUUUGACAUCUCUUCUCAGAUUGACAGAGAAAGAGUUCAGAACGUGGGGACUGCUGCGUACAUGAUUGAUGCUACAAGAUAUGGAAAUGUAUCCCGCUUUAUUAACCAUAGUUGUUCCCCAAAUCUUGAUACCCGUUUGGUCUUGGUGGAGAGCAAAGAUUGCCAGCUUGCUCACAUUGGCUUGUUUGCUAAUCAAGAUAUUUCUACGGGAGAAGAACUUGCCUAUGACUACCGACAAGAGCUAGUAGCAGAGGAUGGUUGGCCCUGCCAUUGUGGCGCUAUGAAUUGCAGAGGCCGUGUCUAUUGAUUUUGUAGUGGGAAGAAAAUAAGAUUGCCCAGUUGCAGAUCUUCCGAAGCUUCAGCAUUUGUAUAGGUCGCUGAGUGGUUUAACAUGGUUUUUCCUAGAGCUCGAGUGCAUGCAGGGGUAGGAUCUCAUUCUUCAUGCAACCAGUAGGGAUUGUGAUAUAGGACUUACAGGCAGGCAUUAUGCACACCAUAGCAUUGAUUUUAGUCGUGGUACCGUCAUGCUUAACUGAUGAUUUGUUAGCAGCGGCCUGAAAUGAAAGCAAUUCAGGCUGUACUGUUGUAGGUGAGAAUUCAGCAUGAUUGUAAAAUACCUUCAUUCAAUUUUUUUUUCUGCUCAUGAGCACCAUUGUUGAAGUGAAACCUAACCGGUUAUCGGAGUUCUGUGUUUGUUGGAAA